CUCUUAUUUCCCAGUUGCCGUCCGGCAAACUAGUCCACCGCCAUGGCUCAACGUCUGAAUUUCUCCUCUUCCACCUCGCAUCUUUCGUCUCUUCUUGUGACUCCGAAUUCCGUCGCUGCUGCUUCUUCGAAACCCAAUGUAAAGCCUCUCACUUCCCACUUCUUCCCUCACCCAAUCCCUCUCAUCCGUCUGUGCUUGCGCUCCACCAACUACUCCGUCAGUCGUCUGGCGGUGACGGCUCUCUCUGCCGAUGCUUCGGGGAAGAAGCCGCUGCUCGAAGUCAAAGAUUUGAAGGCUGUGAUUUCUGAAACGUGACAGGAGAUUCUCAAGGGCGUCAACCUAGUCGUGAAUGAAGGGGAGGUAUAUUGACUGAUAGUGUAGGAUAGUUCUAUCAGUUUCUGGAGUUCAGUGAGUCAACUUAUACGUUUUUUUCUCGGCGAGGGAUAUGUACAUGCUAGAAUGGGCAAAAAGGUUCUGGGAAAAGCACAUUCUCAAAGGUUUGUAUCUGAUCUCACUUACUCGAUACUGUUGGCUGAUGAUUUAUCAAUCUGGACUGCCAUGCUGCUUUAGAUGGCACCACGCACCAGUAGUGGUGUUGAAAUGAGAAUGCUAUUGCCGUUAUGCCGCCUGGAAUUUGUUCUUUUGAUCCCCAUGUUCUUGAGAUCAUUUCUUGAUUGGUUUGAUUAGAUUUGUGUGUGGUGUUCUGAUCAUGAAUAAUCUUAAGACUCAUGCUUAGGUUCUUGUUGGCCAUCCACAUUAUGAAGUUACUGGUGGUUGCGUGAUCUUUAAAGGGGAGAACUUGCUUGACAUGGAACCGGAGGAUAGGUCCCUUGCAGGGCUUUUUAUGAGCUUUCAGUCCCCAGUUGAAAUCCCUGGUGUCAGCAAUAUUGACUUCCUAAACAUGGCUUACAAUGCUCGAAGAAGAAAACUUGGUCUCCUGGAGCUUGGGCCAAUUGAGUUCUAUGCGUACCUGUUUCCCAAGCUUGAGCUUGUGAACAUGAAAAGUGAUUUUCUAAACAGAAAUGUUAAUGAAGGGUUCAGUGGUGGUGAAAGGAAGCGGAACGAGAUUUUACAGCUUGCGGUUCUGGAAGCAGAUUUGCCCGUAUUAGACGAGAUUGAUUCUGCUCUGGAUGUCGAUGCUCUCCAAGAUGUUGCAAAAGCAGUAAAUGGACUCUUGACGCCUAAGAAGUCUGUUUUGAUGGUUACACAUUAUCGACGGCUUUUGGAAUUCAUCCAGCCUUCCUUUGUCCAUGUCAUGGAGGAUGGAAGAAUCAUAAAGAAUGGGGAUAUUAACAUUGUAAUUGUUCUCGAGAAGGAAGGUUAUAAAGCAAUGUCUACCUCCUGAACAGUCAACGUUUCGGGGAAUAACGGUAAUGCUAAGUGUAUGGCAUCUCCCAUCUCUGUACUUGUUCUUGGGGAUUCCAAACUUCACUGUUCGUCCGUCUGUUUUAUGUUCCUGGGCAAGAUUGCUGUAAGUUUGCCAUUAUCUGGGAACUCCAUUCCGAUCUUAGGUAAACGUUUUGGAGUGUAUACACACAUAUUUCUAGUACUUUGCCUAACAUAGAAUUAAUGCAGCUUUUCUUUGUUUUCUUUCAUCUGCUAGUUCGGUUGGUUCUUUUUGUCGGGGCCAACAAUGAACCCACAAUUGCGGU